UGUCAGAUGUGCAGUUCUGAUUCCGGUGUUGCUUGGAAACUGGAAUUGUCCACCCCGCUGAGCACCUACCUAGCGUACCUCCGAAUAUUGAUAUUUACCUAUUACCUGAUGGGGGGUCGGCCACAUUGUUGACGUCCCUUCCCUUCCUUCUCACUAAAUUUUCUUUUUCGGGGUUUUCAUUUUGUUAGGCACCUCAACUUUGCCCCGCGCAUCUUAUGAACUAUUCGCCAGUCACCCACCCGUUCCUCUCAAUUCCCGCAACUUUCUCUCCUCGUUCUUGUUCAUUCUCCGGCGGGGAGGUUGAUGGUGGUGUCACUUUUAUCAGAGAGACCGGACCGACACCGACUCAAGCAGUGCAAGCAUUAUCGGGGUUGGGAAUGGUGAGGUGAGGUAUGGAGGGGCAUGGAGGGGCAGCUCCUUUGGUUUCCAACGAGAGAAAAAAGUCAGCUACGGCAUCUUAUCCCUGGUCCCCUGCUCUUGCUGCUGGCCUGCCCCUCGUUACAUCACACUCGCAGCUACCCCCCCUGGUCCGAUAGUAUCAGGUCCGAUGCCCCCCCGUCGACUCCCUCACUGCCACCACCUCCUAGUACCUCCCUCCCCUCAUGCAAACACCACGACCGU